CACUGCUCUGCACAACCUGCUUCCCACCACGGUACAAAACACCAUCUCCCACCGAACCUCCUUCUAUAACUCUAUCACAGCAAUGGCGGACAUAAUGGCGAUUCUUCAUUUUUGACUUCACUUAUUCCUCAUCCUUGAAGCUCAGACUCCCUUUCAUCCAGCCAGGACCCCCCAGCGACAAUCCACAAGCCUUCUCCUAGGUGGUGGUCACAUCAGACAACCCAAACACGACCCUCCUGUCGAAUUAUUCGGACCCAAACACACGCUGGUAGACACAUAUCUCUGUAUAUAUUUGUGUAUAUAUGCUCGUAAUUGACUCUAUAUUGGCGUAAUUGCUCCACCCGUGGCCACCACGGCCGAAUGGAAGUACCACAAGAGACCAAGGGAAGCGUUCCACCUUCUGUAUCCGUGUAAAGCAUCCAGAGACACUCCAAACACGACCAUCCUUUGUUAAAUAUAUCUAUAUAUCCACACACAUAUAUAUGUGUAUAUAUACGCUCAUAACUGGCUCUGUAUUGCUAUAACCGCUCUACCCGUGGCCUCCACGGCCGAAAGGAAGUACCACAAGAGACCAAGGGAACCGUUCCACCUCCUAUAUCCGUGUAAAGCAUCCAGAGACACUCCAAACACGACCAUCCCUUGCUAAAUAUAUCCAUAUAUCCACACACACACACACAUAUAUAUAUGUAUAUAUAUAUAUAUAUACGCUCAUAACUGGCUCUACAUUGCUAUAACACACCAUAUAUAUAUAUAUAUAUAUACACACCAUAUAUAUAUAUACACACUAUAUAUAUAUCUUUAUAUACAUUCGUACUACACUCGUCGGACGGUUGGACUCGAACCCAGUACCUCAGCCUUUGGACUAUUCUACAAACUACUCUAUAUACACCAUAUAUAUUGUAUAUACUGCAUUAUAUACACCCAGUGACUGUAUAUAUACGGAUAUAUCUACGAAUUUACAUUGUGGAUGAGUGUUUAUAUGCCUGACGGAGCUUGGAUUCGAACUCCAGACCUUACCUUUGGACUAUUCUACAUACUAUAGCAUUAUACACGCUGUAUAUAUCGUAUAUAUUGUAUAUACUGCAUUAUAUACACCCAAUGACUGUAUAUAUACGGAUAUAUCUACGAAUUUACGUUUUGGAUGCGUGUAUAUAUAUUGGUUCCGCCGGUUGGAAUCGAACCCAGGACACCUCGGCUCCUGGCCUGAAGCUGUUCAAUUAAUCAACACCCUUGUGUAUAUAUACACCCUAUAUACACCCAGGACGCGUUUGUGUGUCGUUAUAUACACUCGUACAAACGCUACAGGCUUUGAAUUAAGAGGAAACCCGAGGGUUAACCCCCUACGUUGAGGUUUUGCGGCCACGUUGAGGGUUUCGGUCCUUUAUAGACGUUUCAGCUCCCCUCCUGGGGCCAGGUUGUUGCCAAGCAACGCAGGAUGAGUGACGAAGACCGAGAUGUGGAUAUUGAGAGUGAUGCCGAGAAAAGGGCUCACCACAAUGCUUUGGAACGGAAACGCAGGGACCAUAUUAAGGAAAGCUUCAAUAGUCUACGGGAUUCUGUACCGACCCUACAAGUUGAGAAGGUUACAGUGUCGCGGGCCCAGAUCUUGAAGAAGGCUGCGGACUACAUUCAGUUUAUGCGCACGAAAAACCUCGGUCACCAAAAGGACAUUGAGGACUUGAAGAAACAGAACACGUACCUUGAAAAACAAAUACGGGCCCUCGAAAAGGCUAAAAACACAGGGUCGUAUACGACCAUCCGUACGGUGAGGUCGCCGACGCAGGUGGCCGCGUACACGAAUGAUUCUGGGUCUGAAAGCGAUGGAGUGGAUGCUCCGUCGACUCACGGCAGGCGGAAAAGACUGAAAACGGCGAAUUGUACCAUGUGAAAAGAGGGGGGGGAAAAACAACAAAAAAAACAGACACAAAAAAAAACAAAUAAAUAAAUAAAUGGAUAGAAAAGAACAAAAAAAAGACGAGGACAAAAUGGAGGAAGAG